AUGGCCACUUCUGCAGGAUUUUUUCAACCUCCACGAGUGGCUCUCCCCAUGAUAGAUGUGUGCUACGGAGUUGGAGGCGUAUCGGGUCAGCCUGGCUGCAUACGAUAUUCUGCUGUCAUGAAAAUCUCCAAGGACGGUUCGGAGGAGACGGUCACCAACUGGGCUCUGGAGAAGCUGCUUGCUAUCAAUCCUGUCAACAAAAGCCUCAGCUAUGAGAUCGUGGAUAGAUGGACUGAGAAAGGUCUGACAGAGUUCUAUGGUUCUGCUCUCCAACGCAUGGCAGAAAGAAUGGAGGCUGCUCUAUCCACACAAGGGGCAUAA